AUGGUAUCCUCCCCGCCGUCAAAGCGUCAGGAUCUACAAGGGAUCCGCGGAAUAGCGAUUCUCUCGGUUUUGGGGUUUCACUUCUACCCGACUCACUUUCCAAAUGGCUACCUUGGCGUUGAUCAAUUUUUCGUACUCUCCGGUUUCCUAAUGUGCAUGUUGUUGACGAAAACCGAAAAACUUCCAAUAUUCACGAGAAUUUCAAAUUUUUACGCUCGCCGUCUCAAGCGGAUACUUCCACUCUACCUGCUCUUCAUUUCCCUCACACUUUUGGCCCUUUGCACAGUCUUCCCCGAGGCAGCCGUGCUCCAGAAUCAGGAAUCCGCGGCGCGGGCACUGGUUUUCCGUUCGAAUCGUCUGAGCACCGGAGAUGAAGCUUAUUAUGAGAAGCUUCAAGUCGCCGUGGACUUGUUCACUCACACAUGGUCUCUGUCGGUUGAGGUGCAAUUCUAUUUUGUGGUGCCUGUAGUUUUUCUGGUGGGGAAUUGGUUGUCGGAGACACGGAAAUAUGGAUUUUAUAUUGGGAUAGCCCUCACCUCCGCCGCCUUCUAUUCAAUAUUGCCUGCCGACGAGGCCUUCAACAGUAUGUUCGCUCGGAUUUGGCAAUUUUUGAUCGGAAUGCUCACUUUUAUGCUCUCCAACAAUUCCGAGACAUUUUCGGGCUCCCGUUUAAAAUAUGUGAUACUUCUUGCCAUGCCCAUUACUAUAGCGUUCCCAACCCAAUUGCCAACAAAUAUUGUAAGAUUCCUAUUCACUAUAUUAACCGCUUCGUUGAUGCUAAUUUCAGCAGAUGAUACAAUUUUGAGCAAUCGACUUUUGACCUACAUCGGGGACAUUUCAUAUUCUUUAUAUCUUGUUCAUUGGCCGAUUUAUGCGUUUUCAAAAUUGACAUAUGGCGAUAACUACUACGCUUUCACCGGCGGACUCUUCAUAUCAGUACUUCUGGCGAUUAUUAUUUUUGAAACUUUCGAGAAAUGGUACCUGCAACUCGCCAAUCUCAACAUUUGUGUACUCAUCAUAGCGUUUUUUAUGCUCAGCGGGAUGCUUAUCAAUAAGCAGUGGCUAUUUCCAGAGCCGGACAUCGAAUAUCCCCGACUUGACGGGAUUAACAGCAACAAUAUGACCAUAGAAGAUGUUGAUCAAAUGAACAAAUAUUGGAAUCAGAUGGAUUUGAGGAGCAUGGUGGAGCCAGGGUGUGUUCAGAGGACGCCCACGCACAAGCGAUGGUGUGAUUUUGAACUACCCGGGUCCAAAUUCAAGAUAGCAAUAUUUGGCAACAGUUACACUCACAAUCAUCACAAAAUGUUCAUUCAAGAGUUCGAAAGCCAAGUCUACAAUGUGACAAUGUACUCGGAAAAGGGCUGUGAACCUUUGGCAGCUCGUCAAGAUGACAAAAAUUGCAUGGAUAAGCUUACGCAGUUUGUGGAAUUCAUAGAAAGUGCAAAACCGGAUUAUGCAUUUAUGUUUACUAGAUACUUCUCAAUAGCUGAUGCAUUUGAGAACAAAACCGAUCCAGAUUUGAAGAAUGACCGAAUUUUCUGUCAAAUGAAAAGUCAGCUUAAUGAGCUUCUUCCAAAUAUCAAAAAGAAGCUGUACAUCCUCGACUCAAUGCCACUUGUCAACGCUCCUUACAUUCCAAAAAUUGCAGAGGACUUGAGAAAUGGGAAAUCGAUUCAGGAGAUUAGUAAAUCCCUCCUGCCAUCUGACAACUACAAAAACGGACGACUGCGGCACGCGGCUCUAGUGAAGGAAUGCGGUCGGAAAUGUGAACUGAUCGAUUAUCUACCAUUGUUUUUUAAUAAGAUCACAAACAUGUAUCAGUACGUUGAUUCACGUGGUUUUUCAUAUUUCACCACACUUUAUCACCUAUCUGCUCAUGGCAUCGAACUUGUACGACCAAUUUAUUCAGCCAUUGCAAAAAGUUUGAAAUGA